AUGGAGAUGAGACAGCAUGUCCAGAACAGCUUCCCACCUUCACUCAGCUCCCGUUCAUCCCCAAGACACAGCCCACACUCCCUAUCCCCACCCAGACAGAACACACAGGUACAGAGCCCUCACUCCCUAUCCCCACCCAGACAGAACACGCAGGUACAGAGCCCACACUCCCUAUCCCCACCCAGACAGAACACACGGGUACACAGCCCACACUCCCUAUCCCCACCCAGACAGAACACACAGGUACAGAGCCCACACUUUAUCCCCACCCAGACAGAACACACAGGUACAGAGCCCUCACUCCCUAUCCCCACCCAGACAGAACACACAGGUAAACAGCCCACACUCCCUAUCCCCACCCAGACAGAACACACGGGUACACAGCCCACACUCCCUAUCCCCACCCAGACAGAACACACAGGUACAGAGCCCUCACUCCCUAUCCCCACCCAGACAGAACACACAGGUAAACAGCCCACACUCCCUAUCCCCACCCAGACAGAACACACGGGUACACAGCCCACACUCCCUAUCCCCACCCAGACAGAACACACAGGUACAGAGCCCUCAGUCCCUAUCCCCACCCAGACAGAACACACAGGUAAACAGCCCACACUCCCUAUCCCCACCCAGACAGAACACACAGGUACAGAGCCCACACUCCCUAUCCCCACCCAGACAGAACACACGGGUACACAGCCCACACUCCCUAUCCCCACCCAGACAGAACACAUGGGUACAGAGCCCACACUCCCUAUCCCCACCCAGACAGAACACACGGGUACACAGCCCACACUCCCUAUCCCCACCCAGACAGAACACACAGGUACAGAGCCCACACUCCCUAUCCCCACCCAGACAGAACACACAGGUACAGAGCCCUCACUCCCUAUCCCCACCCAGACAGGACACACAGGUACAGAACCCACACUCCCUAUCCCCACCCAGCACAGUGCACCACCGCUCCCUUCACUGCUAGACAAUGCUGCUCUAAUAUUCAUGCAGUUCUGCUAUACUGAACUCCUUUUUGGGGUACAGUGUUCCACACUGUGUGAAGAACUGUUUUACAGAAAUCUCUCCAGAAUUGGCCUGCUUCUGAUCAAACAUUUCAUCCCCUUGCCUAAUGCCUCACACCAGCAGCAAAAAAUCUAACUGCCCUAUCAAUUUCCUUCACAUUUCUGAGCACCUCAACUAAAUCAUUCCUUAACCUCCUCUGUUUGUCACAAUAUUAGCCUUGUUUAUCACAAUCUAACUCUUGGUCCCCUGGUAACGUUGUGGUGAGUCAGCACUACACUCUGUCCAAAGUCAAGAUUUGCAUUCUAAGGUGUGGAGCCCAGAAUUGUACACAGUGCUCCAGGUCAGGUCUUAACUAGAGCCUUGUCUAGCUCUCCGAAACUUUCCCCCCCACCCCCUAUCCCUGUCUUUAUAUCGCAAAUCCCUAGUACAAAGGCUAACAUUCUCUCAUCUGUUUUGAUCUUUUUAAUAUACCUGACAACUCCAUUUCAGUCAUCUGUAUAGAUGGAUGUUUUCAGUCAAUCUGUUUUCAGACCUUCACUGCUUCCAGCAGGUCACCAUUUAAACAUACUCUUAAUUAUCCAAAUGUUAGAAUCGUGUAUAUGAAGCAGAGAGUAUACUAAGUGUUAGGAUGUGGGUGUAUCUGGAGUGGGAGAGUUAUUG